CAAAAAAAAAGAAGAAAAUUGAAACAUAACCUAAAAACUUUAAUAUUUUGAUUUUUCUCAGAUUUUAUUCGGAUUUCGUAUUUAAUUUGUAAUAACAAAAGUGGAUGUAGUGCAACUUCUUUUUAUCAAAAGUUAAUUUUCAAAUAAUCUUAGAGACAUGCAGUCAUUACGACAAAGCUUACGUUCAGGUUCUUUCAGUCACUUUAGAACUUUUACCACAUCAAAUAAAUUAGAACUAAUACAAAAAUGGAGAUCAGAACGAGGUCUUCCUUUAAAUCCCAAUGCUAAUGGGCUAUUAACUGAUGGUCCAGAUUAUACAUUUUCGGAUGGCAGACUCACACCUUAUGGUGAAGGACAGAAAAAAAGAAUACUAAAACAACAACAAAUAAAGGAAAAUAUAAUAGAGUUAAGUGGAGAAAUUGACUUUGCUGUAGACAGGCACAAACAAAUACUUGAGGCUGAAGAAAAUAAAAAGAAAGAAAUUCUGAGUAAAAAAUUAAAGCCAAAAGGAAUGGCUUUAUUAAAAUCAAAGAGUUAAACUGUUCGAAUUUAGUUAAUUGUAAAUAAAAAUUUUAGAAUCUUGUA